AUGGAUUUAUUAUUUAAAUUUUAUAACAAAAAAUGUUAGCCUUAUUCAUUACGAAAAUGUCUUCAUUACGGGGAGGUGGUUGCGGAUCUUUUUAGAAUGAAUCCAAGAACAUAUGCAAACUUACAGUCAGAUAUUUAAGAUAUAGACAAUUUCAUUAUCAAAUUUAGUUCUUUUGUUGAAAUAAUUUGUGCUAAAGCUGAUGUUGCUAUCAAUUCAAUAGAAUCUUAAGAAAUAAUGUUAGCCAUAUAAUGGUUUAUUUUUUAAGAGGAACAAACUCAAUAAGAAUCCCUAAAAUAUCAUGAAAUCAUAUAACCUGAUUGUAUAGGGAAUCCGAAAAUUAUUGAAAAGUUGUUAGAUCUAUAUUAGAACAGAUUAGUUUAAAUUUUUGUAUAUCUAAUAGACUAUAGCAUCUCUAUCCAAAGUUAUAUUUAGUUUCCAUGUAAUGAAUAGCGAUAGAAUUUUGAAUUUUGAUUAUUAAAAGUAAUUUUUAGAUAAAAUAAUCAAUAAAAAUAGAGAAGAUUUGAUUUAAAUUUAAAUGGAAGUUUAUCUUUUCUUAACAAAAACUUCUUUCGAGAUAGCUCCAAAUAAUAAUCACGAAAGGGAAGAUAUUGUAAAAGGAUUUAUAAGUGGUAUAUUUGGAUCGUUAAUACAAUUUAAACCUAAUUUCUGAAUUACUUGAAUCCUUAUUUAAGGCAGCUUGUCAAAUUCACAACAUCCAUACAAUUAAAAAAAAUAGAAAAUAAUAUGAAGUGUAUUUUUAAAUAGAAAUGUUAUAAUGGGAAUUUAUCAGUUUUUUUAGAAAUGAAAAAUAAUUAAUCCUAAAAGAAAUACUUUUACAAAUUUAGGGAAUAUAUGAAAAUCUUGUGA